AUGUCCCAAGAAAAAGAUUCUCCAACCGAUCCAGAAACCGGCUGCACCACGACAGAAUGCCAAUGCGAUAGUCUCGAUGCAGAAUAUGAGGGACCAACCUCGGCCUUCAAGAAACUGGCCAUCCUUGACCGUUUUCUCGCCCUUUGGAUCUUCCUUGCCAUGGCGGUUGGGAUCAUUCUGGGAAACUUCGUGCCGAAUACAAGCAGAGCAUUAGAAAAGGGGAAAUUCGUGGGCGUUUCGGUGCCCAUAGCCAUCGGUUUGCUCGUUAUGAUGUAUCCGAUCCUAUGCAAGGUCCGGUACGAAACUUUGCAUCGGUCUCUCAGGGAACGGGCACUUUGGAUCCAGAUUGGGUUCAGUAUCGUUGUGAACUGGGUCGUAGCUCCUUUUUUCAUGCUUGGUUUAGCUUGGGCGUUUCUCCCUGAUGAAAGAGGGCUCCGCGAGGGACUUAUUCUGGUAGGAAUCGCGCGAUGCAUUGCUAUGGUCCUAGUUUGGAUGGGACUCGCCGGCGGGGAUGGCGAAUACUGCGCGAUUCUAGUCGCUGUCAACUCGAUCCUGCAGAUGGUUCUGUUCGCACCAAUGGCAAUAUUCUUCAUUCGAGUGAUCGGUGGCUCUGACGAUGGUUUGAGCAUUGACUAUUCCUUGGCUGCAAAGAGCGUCGGGGUGUUUCUCGGGAUACCGCUAGGUGCGGCGAUUGUCACUCGGUUCGCACUGCGACUUCUGCUUGGCAGGGAGUGGUACGAUCGACACUUCCUAAAAUGGAUUGGACCUCUAUCACUCAUCGGUCUCCUGUUCACCAUUUUGGUCCUUUUCGCUUCGCAGGGAAGGCAAGUUGUGCACCAGAUCGUGUCCGUGAUCCGGGUAGCUGCCCCGCUGAUCGUAUACUUCGCGGUUAUCUUCAUGGUCACUCUGGCCGUGACGCGACGCUGUGGCUUCGGAUAUAAACUAUCGUGCACCCAAAGUUUUACUGCGGCUAGUAACAACUUUGAGCUGGCGAUAGCGAUGGCGAUAUCGACAUUUGGUGUAGAUAGCGAUCAAGCUUUGGCCGCGACGGUUGGGCCCUUGAUCGAAGUUCCUGUGCUUCUGGGCCUAGUAUAUUUAGUCAAGUGGCUUGCGAGGAGGCAAACAUGGACCUAG